CAGACUAAUUCAUUUCAACUGUCUCGUCUACUCUAUUCAACCAGUGCGACUCUUACAUCUCCAGCAAUAUGCCCCCAAGACACCUACAUUCAGAGAAAAUCUUCGAUUUCGUCGUAAACAAAGGAAAUGGGAUCAAGGGUUUAGUCGAUGCAGGCAUUGAAACCGUUCCCGAGCUUUACAUUCUUCCAACCGGCGAAAGAUUGGAACCAAACAAUAUCUUACCUCACGAAUCGAUUCCAGUGAUCGAUGUUUCCAAUUGGGACGACCCGAAGGUGACCGAAUCGAUCUGCGAAGCUGCGGGAAAAUGGGGUUUCUUUCAGAUAACUAACCAUGGAGUUCCCUUGGAAGUUCUCGACGCCGUCAAGGAAGCCGCUCAUAGGUUCUUCGGGUUACCGUACGAAGAGAGAAACAAGUACUGGGCCGGGAAUUCGCCGACUGAUACAGUGGCUUUGAAAACAAGCUUUGUUCCGCAAGCAGAGGAUGUUCUUGAGUGGAGAGAUUUCCUGAGCUUUCGUUGUGGUCCUCGGGAUCUCGAAUCAUUUCCCUCAUGGCCCCCUGUUUGCAGGGAGGAAGUGAUUAAAUACAUGCAGAGUGCAAAGCCAGUGAUAAGGAAACUGCUGGAUGUCCUAUUGAAGGGACUGAAUGUGAAAGAGAUUGACAAAACUAGAGAACAUGCGUUAAUGUCUGCACCCGUAGUUUACUUCAACUACUAUCCACGUUGUCCGAACCCGGAUCUCAGCGCAGGAGUACUCCCUCACUCCGACAUAACGACAAUCAGUCUUCUUCUACAAGAUGACAAUGGCGGUUUAUACGUUCGAGCAACCGACGAUGACGAUAACUGGAUUCAUGUUCCGCCAAUCAAUGGGGCUCUUGUAAUCAACAUAGGAGACGUGCUACAGAUAAUGAGUAAUGACAGUUACAAAAGCAUUGAACAUCGGGUGGUCGCCAAUGGAAGUAAGGACAGAGUUUCAGUGCCCAUUUUUAUGAAUCCACGACCCGAUGCAGUUUUCGGUCCUCUGUCGGAAGUGCUGGAGAGUGGUGAGCAACCAUUGUAUAAGGAAGUCUUCUUCUCUGAUUACUUCAGACACCAUUUAAGCAAGAAACAUGAAGGAAAGAAAACGAUGGACUUUGCCAGGAUAUGAUUAACCCCUCUAUGUUGCAAUAUCUUUGCUGGUGUUAAAAUGAUAAUGGGAAAAUAAACAUGACAAUCAAAUCUAUGGUGUAUUUGCAGGGAUAUUAUUUUCGUGAACAUGUAAACUUUUAUUGGUUAAUGUGAUUGAUUUAUGCUCAAAUGUUGAGAAGUAUAGAAUCAAUAUUGUUGAUAGUAACAAUGGGGUUGUGGUGGUUUUUAUGCUCAAAUAUAUCAAUGUG